GUGGAAAAAAUGUUCACACUUAAAGGAAGCCGUUUGCCGGCAGCUGAUGUCAAGAACAUUAUUUUUUUUGUCAGACCCAGGCUAGAAUUGAUGGAUAUAAUUGCAGAAAAUGUGCUCAGGUAUCUCCGAGCUUCUGUUUGGUUCCAGAAAGACUGGUCCUUCUGUUGCAAACCCUUCCCCACCACCCAGUGCACUGGAAGGUGACCUUUUGGAAAACUGGGCCAGGAAUGGAAGAAUGGAAGACAGGAGAUGGGAGAUCUGAGAAGUCCAAGCAGUUGGAGGGGGAUCAUCAUAUAACCCCAUUCUUUUAGGACUUGUAUCAUUAGAAACCAGUUACCAUUGAGGUGACUCAUUGGCAGCACCGUAUGUGUAAGAGUAGAACUGCACUCCAUAGGGUUUUCAUGGCUGUGACCUUUUAGAAGUAGAUUGUACGGUCUUUUUUCUGAGGCACCUCUGUGUGGGUUCAAAUCACCAACUUUUUGGUUAGUAGCCAAGCACAUAACCAUUUGUACCACCCAGGUACUCUGACAGUAGAAAAGAUGCUUGUUAAAAAAAAAAAAAAAAAAAAAACAAGCAUGACAUAGUUUAUGAAGAAAAUGUUCUACAUCCUACUUUGCGAAGACAGACGUGGCCCAGCGAGAGAUUUCCAUAUUCUGUUUGUGCCACGCCGCAGCUUACUGUGUGAACAGCGGCUGAAGGAUCUGGGUGUUUUGGGAUCCUUUAUUCACAGGGAGGAAUAUAGCCUCGAUCUCAUUCCCUUUGAUGGGGAUCUCUUGUCCAUGGAAUCGGAGAGUGCGUUCAAAGAGUGCUACCUGGAGAGUGACCAGACGAGCCUCUACCACGCGGCAAAGGGGCUGAUGACCCUGCAGGCCCUGUACGGGACCAUCCCCCAGAUCUUCGGGAAGGGGGAGUGUGCACGGCAAGUGGCCAAUAUGAUGAUCAGGAUGAAGAGAGAGUUUACAGGAAGCCAAAAUUCAAUAUUUCCUGUGUUUGAUAAUCUCUUGUUGCUCGAUCGAAAUGUGGACUUAUUGACACCUCUGGCUACUCAGCUUACGUACGAAGGGCUCAUUGACGAAAUUUACGGCAUUCAGAACAGUUAUGUGAAGUUACCUCCGGAGAAAUUCACACCAAAGAAGCAGGGUGAUAGCGGUAAGGAUCUUCCCACCGAAGCCAAGAAGCUGCAGCUGAAUUCUGCAGAGGAACUCUACGCCGAGAUCCGAGAUAAAAACUUCAACGCAGUGGGCUCCGUGCUGAGCAAGAAGGCAAAGGUCAUCUCAGCAGCCUUUGAGGAGAGGCACAACGCGAAAACCGUCGGGGAGAUUAAGCAGUUUGUUUCACAGUUGCCCCACAUGCAGGCAGCAAGGGGCUCCCUGGCAAACCACACCUCGAUCGCAGAGUUAAUCAAAGAUGUGACCACUUCUGAAGACUUCUUUGAUAAGUUAACAGUGGAGCAAGAGUUUAUGUCUGGAAUAGACACCGAUAAGGUCAACAAUUACAUUGAGGAUUGUAUUGCCCAAAAGCACCCCUUGAUCAAGGUAUUGAGGCUCGUUUGCCUCCAGUCCGUGUGUAACAGUGGACUCAAACAGAAAGUUUUGGACUAUUACAAAAGAGAAAUUCUCCAGACCUACGGCUAUGAACACAUAUUGACCUUGUACAACCUAGAGAAGGCAGGACUGCUGAGACCACAGACGGGGGGCAGGAACAACUACCCGACUAUUCGGAAAACGUUACGGCUCUGGAUGGAUGAUGUUAAUGAACAAAAUCCCACGGACAUAUCCUACGUGUACAGCGGCUAUGCCCCUCUCAGCGUGCGGCUGGCCCAGCUGCUCUCCCGGCCCGGCUGGCGGAGCAUCGAGGAGGUGCUCCGCAUCCUCCCAGGACCCCACUUUGAGGAGCGGCAGCCACUGCCCACUGGACUGCAAAAGAAACGUCAACCAGGAGAAAACCGAGUCACUCUGAUCUUUUUCCUCGGGGGUGUGACCUAUGCGGAAAUUGCCGCUCUGCGGUUUCUCUCCCAGCUGGAGGAUGGAGGGACCGAGUAUGUAAUCGCCACCACGAAACUAAUGAAUGGAACCAGUUGGGUAGAGUCGCUAAUGGAAAAGCCCAUCUAGAGUGUUCCAAGCAGACUUAACAAGUGAGCUGCAGAAUAAGCCAGCGCUUUGAAGAAGUUGCUGAAAGGAAGUGAAGCAAGCCACAUGGGAGAAAAACGGAAGAAUACAGAGUUUACUUUGGGGUCAGCUUCUUAAAUUAUACUGCUAUUUUCUCCUUUCUGUUUCUCUUUUCUGUUCCCAAUAUUUUGGAGAAAGAAGCAUAGAGGAGACUCAAGUUGGGUAGAAGAAGCACCAGUUUUGAAUUUUCUUAAUUCAGGACCCUCAUUAGAAGUCUCUGGAAAUGCAUUGAGGACAGUGGGGAUAUAGCCCACAGGGCCACGUAAGUUGGGCCAGUUCUUAAGACGGCAAGGACUGAGGCACUAAGAAUGAAAAUAGAUGUGAAAAGUCUCACCCCCGCUAAAGAGUGCUGUAUUUCUACAAGGUAUGUCUUACUCAACGACAAUAACAGGUGUCCCUGGGGCUAGGGCUAAUGUUAUCACUGGACUGAGAUCCUUUUUCUUCCCUGCAGAGCUAUGGGACUUUAUAUUUCGUGUCUCCAGUCUCUGUCUUACCUGCUCUUUAAGGCAAGUUUUGUUUUCUUUCGCUUCUUAUGAAGCAAGAGUUUUGGGGGAGCUUUUCUAAUAAAAACAAAGUUUGUGAUCUCAUAAGGUAAAUCUGUGUAGUUCCAUACCUGUUAAAGGUGUUUUACAUUGAAACAAAAAACCAAACCAAACUCAUUGCCAUCGAGUCAUUCCAACUCAUAGCAACCCUAUAGGACAGAGUAGAACUGCCCCCAUAGGGUUUACAAGGUUGUAGAUCUUUGCAGGAGCAGACUGCCACAGCUUUCCCCCUCAGAGCAGCUGGUGGGUUAGAACUGCUGACCUGUCAGUUAGCAGCUGAGCACUAACCACUGCACCACCAGGGCUCUUUCAUUGGGGAGCUACUUUCUGGUAAUUUAACCAUUCAAAGACUGUUAGCGCACACAUUAUCAACUCGAAGCAGUUUCUGUGGUAGGUGCCUCUGUUGAGGUUUCAGUAUCCCUCUCUGCCUGUCGUGGGUCCCAGCCCCCAGCCAGGCCCACUUCGGGCAGCAGUGACUCUUGCUUCUUCGGCUUCUCGACGCUCCGUCUCUGUGGUAAUUGCCCACAUGGGCUUCUCUAGCAGUCUGCGGCCGUUCAUACUCAACUUCAUGGAUCUGUUUUGCUUGAAAACACCCAGCUCUGUUUUAGUCCCUAGUAACCUUGGCCCCCCAGCACAGCUGGUCAAUGAUCUUGGUAUCCAGUGCCACUGUUAGGCUGUGGCGGAGAGGAGCAGGGUGUUGAUCAAGAAGUUGGAGAUGUGUGCAUCUUCCCUGUCUGCCUUCUAUCCCGCAUCCCAUUGUCGGGAGCAGUCAAGGGUCCUUCCCUAGGUCUCCAGCUAAAUUAGCGCUGGGCAAGGGACUGAGGUUCCCCGCUUUGCUAGGAGACCAAGUCAGUGUCCUUUCUUAGGUGCAGUUCCUCUUAUUAAUUAGUAACCACUAGUUUUUUUUCCUCAGUGGAUUUCUGUUGGGUACAGAAAGGUGCAGGGCUGGGCAAUGUUUUGUUCUGUUGUACACAAGGUCACUGUGUGUGAGAACAUACUCAACGGUAUACCUAACAACAACAUUGUGUUACGUGUGAAACAGAAAUCCUGUUAUUUAAAAAUCUCUUUAGCAGGUCUCUGGGCUGCAUAAGUGAUUUGCACUCAACUACUAACCUAAAGGUUGGCAGUUUGAACCCUCCAGUGGCACUGUGGAAGAAAGGCCUGACAACCCGCUUCCAUAAAGAUUAUAGCCAAAAAAUCCUAUGAAGCAAUUCUGCUCUGUAAUGCAUGGGGUUGCCAUGAGUUGGAAUGGACUUGACAGCAAUGAGUUUUAAUAUAUGAAUGAAGAGUGGAAGAGGUAAUAUUUAAAAGCUUUGUCUCUCAUGGAAUUAAUUUGCUUGCUUGACAUUCAAUAUUUGAAAAUGUCUUAAAGAAAACUAUUCCUGUUAUAGAAAAUCCUUUCUCUGGUACUUGUUAUCCCAGGGAGAUUAGUUUAUACCUUCCAGCCCCAGCAGUUGUCAGCCACAGCUGCCUUAGAGAAUGAGAUCCAACUUUUUCUUCAAUGUUUUUGGCUCCUGGGAUUCAGUUCAAGUCUGGUCAAGUCUCCUUGGCUGGGGCUUUUGUCCUGUGAACAGACACGCAGUUGUAGUCUCUUGUGUCUGCAUUCACUUGUGACUCUAUGCUUGCUUGCUCAGAGCAUAGCAAGGUCAGCUCCUAAAAAUGGGUUCAGCAGAAGACUUGAAAACAUCAAUUGCUUGAUUGGUAUGCAAACAGAAACCUUUGGAUAAUUAAACAUUACACUCCAUUGUGUAAGUUCAUUUAAUACUUGAAGCGCUCUUUGUCUCGGGAGUAUACUCUUACUGAGAGAGGGUAUGUGAAUGGUAUAUUUAUUCUUGGAGAAGGUGGAUUGUUUACAUCUUGUCUGGCCUUUUGUCUGGUUGGGUAGACAGUUCUACUAUACCCACAGUCCCCUUAAUAAAGAUGUCUACAUGGACAAUGUUUUGUGUCUUACUAUAUCGUUUGAAAUUUUAGCCAACAGAGAAUAAGUAUCUGAACUGUAGUUUUAACUGGGUUAAAAGCAAGAGAGUAAUGGUUAAAAGAGGAAGGAUUGAAAACAGCACAUUAACUGGUGGCGAGCUUGGUGUCUUCCUCUUCCUUUCUAGCCCUGUCCUCACUGGAAGUAUGAUUAAUAUGACCUGCUGGCCUGUCUCCUGUUGUUCUUGAUUGUGCAUUAAAGAUAAGCCUGUUACCAGGAGGAUGCAUUUGUGUUCAGCAGAGCUGCAUAGAAGAAGAAAAUACUUUUUUAAAAAAUACCAAAAUGAACUGGGUGUCUAAAGCAGACAGGAAGAGGUGCUGUGAUAAAGACGGCAAGGCAGAGAAAUGUAGAAGUCAUGUAGACCAUCUUCUUCAGACUGUGAAUGACGCUCGGAGCCUGAUAUAUUCAGUCAGGGCAUUUAUUUCCUAGGGCUGCCAUAACAAAUUACCACAAACUGGGUGGCUUAAAACAGAAAUUUAUUCUCUCAUACUUUUGGAGGCUACAGUUGUUAUAUGUCGUUGAGUAAAUUCCAACUCAUAGCGACCCUGUAGGACAGAGUAGAACUGUUCCGUAGGGUUUCCAAGGCUGUAACCUUUACAGGAGCAGAUCGCCAGGCCUUUUCUCCCUCGGAGCCACUGGUGGGUUCAAACUGCCAACCUUUCGGUUUGCAGCUGAAUGCUUUAACCGUUGUACCACCAGAUCUCUUUGGAGGCAAGUCUGAAAUCAAGGUGUUGGUAGGGUGGUUUCUACUGGAGACUCUGAGGAAUAAUCUGUGUCAUGCGUCUCUCUUAGCUUCAGGUCAUUGCCAGCAAUCCUCAGCGUCCCUGGACUUACACGUGUAUAACUGCAGUCUCUGCCUCCAUCAUUACGUGGUGUUCUCCUCUGAGCCUUCUUCACAUGCGUUCUCUCUGUGUCUUAUAAGGACACCAGUGGUUGGACUUAGGGCCCACCCUAAUCUAGUGUCUUAACUGGAACCCAACUUAACUUACAUCUGCAAAGACCCUAUUUCCAGAUAAGGUUGCAUUCACAGAUAUUAGGGUUAGGGCUUUAACAUGUAUUUUGUGGGACACAAUUCAACCUCCGACAGCAUAGCUUAAAGAUGAUGUAGAAAAUAGAGGAUACCUUUUUGUCAGGCAACAAUCGAUGAAAAAAGCAGUAAUGGAAAAUUUCUCUGAUCCUCUUACUUCAAAAUGGAUUCAUUUGAACUUCACGCCACAUAGUGUAGUUUCAGUUACUCCGCUGUUACAGAAUGACCCAGACUGGGUGGUGACUAGAGGCUGCAAAGGCUAGAACCCAUACCUGCCUUGGGAUACACAUUUGAAGGGUACAAGAGUGAAGAGGGCACAGAAUCAGGCCUAUUGUAACAGGUGUUUUUUCUUUGUUAGCUGUGGAGUCGGAUGAGGUAUAAAGGUAUACAGCUCAUCCUCACUUUCUUCCCUGUGACUGGAGGACACAGAGGCCCCUUGGAUGACCGGUUCUCUGGGGGAGCAAUUACUCCAGCAGGCUUCCUGAGCAGCUGGGUAAUGCUCUGCUCCUGUUUUCAGCCAGGCUGCGGCUGAGGCAGUGAUUUGAUAAUGAGAGAGCCUGAUCGGAUUAGGGAGCCAUUUGCUUCUGGAUGAUGAUGUUGAUAAAAGGGUUGAUGUCCACGCUGCCUGCUUUUUUAAAGGGUCAGAAAAGUAUUCUUUAACUACUACAAAAAGCAAAAUAGCCAGAAGCAGCAUAAAGUUUGUGCUUUCUUUCCGUUGUUACAUCUGUGAAACAGGCUUUUUGUUUGCUGAAAUCUUGACUGGCACCACUUGCCUCGUAUUUGGAGAAGGUGAAGUAGGUAUAUUGGGAAGAUGCUUGUAUCAUGAGUCUCUGAACUGCUAAACUGUACAAAUUAGACUCAAGCACUCUGGAGCUUGUGGCUCUCACACGCAUGCUCGCUGUUGCAGGCUUUUUAAGACAGCAGCUUUUGCUAUACUUGGACAGUCAUAAGUGAAUGUUGUUCAGUGAUUCUUCUGGUCCCCAGACUCCGAGUAGGAGGGGGCUGCUCUCAGUGUGAACUUGUUAGGGAAAGAACUAUUUGGUGAUAUUCCAUCUGCAGUGUUUAGAAAAGCAAGACAAGAAGGGGCUUGAAAUACCCCCUAGUGUACUGCUUUCUCAGCCCACCUAAGUCAAGGGCUUUGACAACAACUGCAGAGCCUGUGAGCUGUGGCAGAGACACCAGCGAGGGUGGGCAGGGUUGCCAAUGCCUCGCCUGGCCUGGGAUCGCCUGUGCGCAGCUCCCUAAUAGCCCAGGGACCACGCGGAGGUUGUAAUUGGUCUCUGGACCACACCUAGUUGGCAAGCGCAGCUGCUGCUUGAAAACCCCACAGCUCUACCCAGAUUGCUGGAGCGUGCACAAGCCUGCCUUCGAGCACCAGACGGAGACGAGCCCAGGAGCUGUGGCGGUGGAGGAGUUCUGGAAACUUUGCCGAGUGAGUGAACGGGGGACAGAGGGAAGCUAAUGGCGGUCACUAAGGGGAGCUGCUGGGCAGGGCAGCGAUGGAGGUAAAGAGCUGGUUUCUGAUCUCUACCAUCUGAGUCCAUCUGUUGUGCAAGGCAGCAGGGCUGGGACGGAUGCAGAAGAGUGAGGUAAGGACAGAGGUAAGGACAGAGAGGAGCCCAAGAUCCAGGGGAUGGCCACCACUUGGCACCCUAGCAGUCUUAGCUGGUCCAGAAGGGCAAAACCCAUGGACCCCAAGCGAAGAUCCUUAAACUGCGUAUUAACAGGCCUUGGGGCCAGGAGGAUCGCAGAGGGUCUCCAAUAAGAGCUGCUGCCUUCCCCCUGCCCUAGUGGGUCUUUCCUUUCUCUUACCGUCCCCAGCAGGGCCGACAGCGGGGGCUGCAGCCUGACUGAUGGGAAAGCUUCCCUCCAGCCUGGAGCCAACAGCCCAUUAGCAGCACUCACAGCAUUAAAAAUGCAGGAGUUGGGUGGAGGAGAGGGA